AAAAGUUAUAACAAUCGGGAGACUCAUGAAAGCGAUUUUAACAAGGGGAAACAUGCAACUGCAGAAUAUGGCAGUUUUUGGUAAAUUAAUGCAUUAAGAGACCUGUGCGCAAUAAUCUGCAUGUUAUUUAAGAUCAUUUUAAAAGAGGGCAGCUAUGGAUGGGGCUGAAGAGUCAUCCUCUGCUCUGUGUUAUCGUGCUGUCUUACUGGGAAAAACAGGAAAUGGGAAAAGUGCUACUGGAAACACCAUCUUGGGAAGAAAAGCUUUCCUUUCAAAGUUAAGCUUUAAAACUGUAACACAAGAAGUUAAAUGUGAAAGCAUCAACAUAGAUGGAGUGAAUCUUACAAUUUAUGACACACCAGGAUUAUUUGACCCUGGCAAUGAACUGAACUCUGAAGAGAUGUUAUAUCAGGGGCUUCCAGAGUUAUAUACACCAGACCCGCUUGUGAUUCUGCUGGUGAUCAGACCUACAAGAUUCACUCCAGAAGAGAAAAGAACUGUUGAGAUUAUUGAAGAUUACUUGACAGACUGGCUCGUAAAAAACACCUGGAUUAUUUUCACUGCAGGAGAUGAGCUGGAGAGAGAAGGUCUCACCAUAGAGGACUUAAUAGAAGAAUCAGAGGAUCUGAAAAAAGUUGUCCAGAAAUUUGACAACAGAUACUUUGUCUUUAAUAAUGUCACACAACAUCCUGAACAUGGUGAAGUGAAACAGCUGAUUAAAGCCAUUAGAAAUGUUCAACCUCUGAGAUCUCCAGAGAUAGACACUUUUCUACAGAGAAAGUCACCAGCGGAGCAUGAAACCAGCUCCAAUAACAGAAGGUUACUUCUUCUGGGGAAGUCCGGCUCUGGGAAGAGUGCAACAGGGAACACCAUACUGAGACAAAAACUGUUUAAAUCUGAGCUCAGCUUAAGCUCUGUAACAAAACAGUGUGAAAUGCAUACAUCAGGUGUUUUAGGGAGAGAAGUGUCUAUUGCUGAUACUCCUGGGUUUUCAGAUCUAGCUUUAAAACCUGAAGAUUUAGCUAAAGAGCUGGCGAAUAGUGUUGCCCUCUGCAGUCCGGGGCCUCAUGCCUUCCUGUAUGUGGUGUCACUCACAGGAAAAAUCACACAGACAGAUGAAAAUCACAUUAAAAUGAUUGAAAUAAUUUACGGAGAAGAAGUAGCAAAGUACACGAUCCCUGUAUUCACCCACAGCGAUGAGUUAGAGGGAAAGAGUGUGGAAGAUCUCAUCAGAGAGAAUACUACUCUUAACAGUUUUGUUCAGCAGUAUGGAGGAAGAUACCACAUCAUGAACAAUAAAGACAUGAGAAACAGAAAACAGGUGAAAGACCUACUGCAGAAGAUUGACACAAUGAUAGAGCAGAACGGAGGAGGACACUACUGCAAUCAGAUGCUUGAAGAUGUUCAGAGAUUCAGACGAGAGGAAGAAGAGAGACCGAGAGAUGAUCUACAUACUGAACCUGUGCAGGGAGCAAAGGAAAGCUGGACUCAGAGAGCAUGGAAGAAAAUUAAAGAAUAUGUAUAUAAGAAAUUCGAAAAGCACUUUAUUGCUGCAGCUCAAAUGAUUUAUUCAUUAGCCUGUAGAAUUAUUAACCUUGUAAGAAAUGUGAAACUGACAUGCAUGACAGAGAUGGGUCUGAUGAAUGGUCCUAUGAUUACUAAAACUGAAGAAGCUCAGGAACUAAUAAAUUAA